AUGCUAAUAAGCGCCUAAGCGUGAACUUUGAGCCGCCAAAACAAGAGAUAAGUUGGCAUCCAUUUUACCUCUAGGAAUUCAUUCGGAUUGAAGAAUUUUGGUUACAAAUCUUUGCAUCUCUUAUUCAAUAUGUCUGGAAGUGUAAGAAAGCCUCCGAAGGAUCAGAUAGAUCCAGUCGAGAGAAGAAGAGAAAGAGAUUACAAGAAAGAAGCAGAGGAAGAAAAUUUGUGGGAAAGCAUAGUACAGCCAGCAUUCGCGGAGUUUGCAGGAACCUUUUUUUACGCCUUCAUGGUAUGCUUGGCCGUUACAGCACACGAUUUAUUGGAUUAUGCUAUUGCAAGUGGUCUCGGAAUAGCAGCACUUUGCAUCAGUUUCGUCAAUAUCAGUGGUGGUCACUUCAACCCUGCGAUCAGUUUGGCAGCCUUCGUGUCUGGUGGGCUUCACAUCGUAAAUCUCUUAUGCUAUCUUCCUCUUCAGCUGAUAGGUGCCGUUCUUGGUGCAGCAUUCGUAAAGGCCGUCAUCUAUGCAUCAUCUUACGAGGAGAUCAAGGGCGGAGCCUCGGUGUUCCGUGGCAACCAUCUCGUCAAUGGCUUCAACGACUGGAUGAAGGUCAAUAACUGGGAUACCUCCCCAUACCUUGCCAUGAUCACAGAGACCCUCCUUGCUACGAUGGUUGUCAUGGCAUAUCUCCAAGCCAACGUCGAUGAUCGCCGGGCAGGCAAGAAGAAGGACCCGAUGGUGUAUGGCAUAGCCAUUGCUUCGGUGACAAUUGCCUCAUUCUACACAGCAGGAGGCGGCUUCAACCCCGCCGUGAGUUUUGGUAGCGCCAUUGUUUCCGAUACAUGGGAUGCCCAUUACAUCUACUGGGUUGGACCCAUGGCUGGAGCAGCAAUAGCUUCACUUUUCUUCAGGAUCUUGCUUGGAGACGAAGAUCAUCGUUUGCUGUGCUAGGUUGCCCAGAGACACAUUGGCCCAUAUUCUGAACUCUUGCUUAAUCUAAACCUUGGUCUAAAGUUGUGGUUUUACUAUGGAAAGCUAUCGAAGCUAUGGAAAGCCAAUUUCAAAAAAUUGUAGGUUCCAUUUGUCAGCACAUUUACUACUCAAUUCAUUCAUAACUGUCUGUGUAUAAUAACAAUCAAAGUUUUCUUCACCAUUGAGGCAUGGGGAAAUAAAGUCAUAGAACAUGACAAACUAAGUAAACAACAUUUAGGCAUGUUUGGCUUCCAAUAAUUUUUUGAAGAAUUAGACCAUGUAAUAAGACAAACUGGACUUUGGAAUAUGGGCCAUAGAAAUCAAAUUUGUAAGCAAGAUAUCUAAAGGGAAAUAAAGUAAAACGGCAUACAUUCGAAAAAAAACUUAUACAAUAGCUUUUGCAUCACAUAUAAAAUAUUUCCCAAAGUUGUAAGACUUGCUAAUUGAUGAAAAUUCAAAGUCGUGUAAUAUACUUGAAUAAAACAUGGAUGCAUAUUUAUAAGUAUUUGAAUGUGACACUUGGUGGUGUUGGUAAAAAUUAUUGGAGCAUACAAUAAAUGAGAUAUAAAAUUAGAACAAGACAAAUUCAAACACUGGAAAGUAAGGUUAGUAAUAUUAGAAAUUUUACUGUAUUUAUAUGAUAAGGUAUUGUACCAUGAGUCCACAUUGAUGAUAAAUUGUGGUUUUUUUCUUAAAGUUUCCAUUCCUAAAUUCAUGAGUGUUCUAAGCUUACUUCAGCUCCUCUGAAAUUGCUAUCACAUGAAAUAUAAGAAUUCAAAUCACAUAGUUUUAAAGUUUCAUGGACGUCAAUACAUUAUAAACUCAAAUUAAUACCUAUAGACAAAGUAUGUAAUGUAUUAUGUAAAAAAAAAAUAACCAAGGUUUGUGAAUAGCAUGAUCCAAUCUAUGCUUUUAAUAUUAGUUUGUUCAUUUUCUUUAUUAUUCUAGCUUGCCUUGCCUUUUGUAGGAAAACCUAAUAAAGUAUAAAUUAAUUGCUACCGGUAGUCAAAACUCAGUACUGUAUGAGCAAGCAUUGGAGAACUUGGCCAAACCAAGAUUGCCAAAUUAUAAAAUGUAAAGCAAUCAUUUUAAUAGAUUUUAAAAGAAAGUUAAUAUUCAAAUUUCUUUUAGAAUAUCUGCUAUCUGCUUGUCAACUUAAUGGACAAUUUACAAAAAUAUUAAUCAAAGUGGAAUACAACAGAAUUGAAAAAAAAAAAUUUUACCUAAUUGUUUGAAUCUCAGUAUAUUUCUGUAACAUAGUUGUAGCUCUGAUAAUGUAUCAUUUUCUACAUUAAAGCUUGUACAUAAUAGCA